AUGCACAUGGAAAUAACUCAAGCCGCUGAUUUUCUGGGUCGACUACUUCAUUCCAAGUUGGACCAAUCCAUGCUUCAAGCAUUUAAAGAGCAACUGGCCGAUUUAUUAAAGCAGCGUUUUGUCGACCAUUGGGAUCCACAGCAACCGUAUCGAGGCAACGCAUUCCGUGCCAUCUCCAACUUUAAUGGCCAAUUGGAUCCAGUUCUCGUUAUGGCUGCAGAGAAGGCUAUGGUACCGCCUGCGUCGAUCCACGCUCACUUGCCACGCGACUUUGUAUUAUGGAUUGAUCCAUUCUCGGUUUCUUAUCGGGUGGGUGACCAUGGAAAUAUCAUGACACUCUUUGAGGAUCGAUCGCGUGGUCGUAUCACGCUUAAACCAUUAGCGGCGUCUUAUAUCCAACCAAGAACAUCCACUCCCAUUCGUAUCUCGCCACCAAGUAGUCCAGAAAAUAGAAAGGUCAAGAACCAUAUUCAUCAACCAUCGCCAUUGGCGAAAGAUGUCUCUUCUGAGCAGGAACAGCAACAACAACAGCAGCAGACUCAACAACAGCAACAACAUCAACAACAGCAGUUGGUCUUGGCAAAUUGA